AGUCUCAGUGACCUUGACACUUAUUAAAGAACAGGCAUGUCUUCACAAUUUCUUCAAAAGCUAUCUGUGUACAUACCAUUGUGGAAACAAAAGAUUCCGAAAUACCCUUUAUGGUACAAAAAUAAUCCUCAGCUUCGAAUAUAUCUCCCGUUGUUUUGGAUGAAAAUGAUUCGGGCCGAAAAAUAUAACAAACCAAAAGAUUAUGUUGCCUUUGAAGUACAUCCUCAAAUGACAAACCAUGAUGUGAAGCAAUAUUUAGAAAAGGUUUAUCGAAUACCCGUAAGAAGAGUAAGAACAACAUUGCUUCGCCCCGAAGAAAAGGAAGGGUUUGCAAGAGUUUUGGAUCAUAAAAAUAAACUUAUAAGACGAAACAUUUCCGAUAGAGAUGAUCAAAUCAGAAUGGCCUUUGUACAACUAGCUGAUGGAUACGAAUAUACUUUCCCCAAUUUAUUCAAGUCGGAAACACCUGAAGACAAGGACUUGAAAGAGGCCUCUAAAAUUAAAGAUUCUUACUUUAAAGACAAGCGAGUCAGUUGGGAUAUGUCAGACUUGCCCAGCUGGUUUAGAUAAAAAAGACUUAUUUUCAAAAAUUGAUCAUUCUUAAAAACAUGUAUUAACAAUUAAACAAAGGUAAGAUCAUUAAUGAGACGGGAUAAAUUUCAAAAGUCUUUUGGUAGAUUAAAAUCUCUGAAAUUAAUACAACUAUAAACGAAUUAUCUAUUAUAAAAUCAUCUUACUUUGUUUCAAAUUUAGGGAUGGAUUCCCCAAAAGCAGUAACUGGUACUGUCUCACAGAUUUCAACAUACUUUAC